AUGUUCGUUGGAAUUCGCCAGAAUGCUCCUCGUGCGUUAUUCAGAAGUAAGUUUCCUGUGUUGGUUGCUUUCCUAAUAUACGUCUUACUAACAUAUUUCGGUAUAGAUUACAAAACGCUGAGCUAUAGAUACUUUAGCUCCUCUGCUGGAAGCAACGGCUCGAACUCGUGGUCGUCUUCAUCUUCAUCGUAUCCUGCUGCAUCUGAUGGCUUGAACUAUAAUGUAGCGGUGGCCUACCAGGCGAAGGACCGUAACGAGCCCAUCUAUGCCAAGUUGAAGGCCAGUCUUGAGUCUCCAACAGGUGAAGACAACUACUUUGUAGCUUCUAGGGCUAGCUCUGACAUUUAUGCUGGUGUUGCGGACGGUGUUGGUGGCUGGGCCAACCACGGUUAUGACUCUAGCGCGAUAUCUCGUGAAUUGUGUAAUGCUAUGAAGGAUAUUGCCCUUGGUUCAGGAAAGAACAUUCCUCCAAAAGAAUUGUUGUCCAUGGCAUAUAGGACGAUUUCAGAUGAGGGAAAGGUCAAGGUGGGAGGAACUACGGCCAUUGUUGCGCAUUUGCAUCCCAACGGUCAAUUAAACGUCGCGAAUUUGGGUGAUUCCUGGUGCGGUGUGUUCAGAGAUUCGAAAAUUGCAUUCCAAACUGAGUUUCAAACGGUCGGUUUCAAUGCUCCCUAUCAAUUAGCAAUCAUUCCACAGAAAAUAUUGGAUGAUGCUAGCAGAAACGGUGGCUCUUUUAUCAUGAAUAAGCCUUCGGAUGCAGACGAGUAUUCAUUCCAGUUGAAGAAGAAUGAUGUAGUUGUUCUUGCCACGGAUGGUGUUACUGACAACAUCGCAGUUGAAGAUAUGGAAUUAUUCUUGAAGGACCGGAUGGAAACAGAUACUCCACUUCAAGAUAUCACUCAAGAAUUCGUCAGUAAAGUCGUAACACUAAGCAAGGAUCCAACUUUCCCUAGUGUUUUUUCACAAGAGUACUCUAAAUUGGCAGGUCAAGAUUAUUUAGGCGGUAAAGAAGAUGAUAUUACUGUAGUAGUGAUUAGGGUUACCUAA